CCAGCGGACAAUGACAAUGCCGACACACCAAUAACAUAACCUAUAGCUGCAUUAUUUACGUUGCAGAAGUUGAUAGCUAGACAGUUUAGAUUUUUCUAAUAAUUUUCAAUAUAUACGUACAUUUAUACACAUAGCGUGCACGUGCGCGCGUGUAUAUAGAGAGUGAGUGAAUGAAUAAGUAAUUAUUUUAUAAAGAUACGUAAGUGUUAUUCAGUACAUAAAAUGUCAAAAAAUUUUAUUGUCAACGUUGACGCGGUGAGUUUUUAUUAAUAUUGCUAAUGUUCGAAGUACAUGCAAAAAUAUUGCUUAUACAUAAUAUCUCUAUUACGAACAAUACCUCAGUAGUAAUUUCUAUAUUAUUGUUAUAUAUUAUUGUUAAUCUAAUACAUAAAAACCUAUAAAAGUGGUUUCAACAUUGGGACAAUCUGUUUUUUUUUUUUUACAUAUUGUUGACAAGUCAUUUUCCAAGUAUGAUCCAAUCCUUACAUAAAGGUUAUUAAUCACAAAAAAUUAUAAAAAGAAAAACAGUAGAUAAUAGAAAAGAAGUAAAAAAGAAAUAUAGUUACACAAUUCCUAAAAUGAAGGAAUGAUUUAUAAUAUACAGUAAUUAAUUGAAUAAAGUGUAUAUUUAUCAAAAUUUACUCAACAAUAUUUUGUUAGAAAUGUAUGAGCAUUCUUGUGAGAGAACGUAAAUGAAUUAUUUUAUACUUGUAAAACAAAUUAAUGUUGCUUCAUUUAUGCUAUGUAACAAAUCUUAUAAAAAAUGCAUUUCUUGACAUAUUUUCAAUUUGUAUAUUACAGAUGAAAUCGAUGGCUUUAGUUGUACCACCAGAUUCACCAAAGAAACCUGUCAAAUCUACUGCAGUAGUAAAAUAUUCAACAGUUCAGACACCAGCAACAUAUGCUCAGUUACAAUGCAAUACAGAUUUAAAUCUUCCACCAAGUAACUGGCUCAGCAGUUCAGCAGAAAGUUAUGGUUUACAGAAUGUAUGGUCUCAAAGUACAGGAUUUUCUAGUUUCCGUAUGGCGCAUAUGUUUCCUGAUUGUGUCGGUGAAGUGGAUGUAGUAUCAGAUGCAGAAAAUAUUAAAAAGCUGCUUAAACUACCAUACUAUCAUGGUGUAAUCUCAAUGAUGGUGCAUCGUAUUGAAAAUACGUUGUUAUUGGACGACUUCGAUAUACAUAAAUACUUAUUGCGGCAGGCCAAGAGCGACUGGGAAUGGCUAAAGAAGUUCUUCUACGAACAUAUUUUUCAGAAUCUUGGUGACAAAGAAAAACGUCUCUUUCACAAAGCGUAUAGUAGAAACAGUUUACAACAGAGAAAUUUGAUAUCCAAGUUUCUUUAUCAUUCUAUAGUGCUCGCAGACAGUAACAAGCAGAAUGAGAAACCUCAAUUACCUGUGAAACCAUUGGAGCCAUGUUUACCUGAGCCGACGCAAGAGGAGAAAGUACCCGACCCAAAUUAUAAUCAUAAUUAUACGAGGAAUGUCGUGUGGACAUUCGAGAACAUACAGAUGCUUAUUGGAACGGACAUGCCGAUAUUUGGCGGUCAAACACACCCGUGUAUUAGCUUACGAUUGCGUGAUAUGUCAAAACCUAUUAAUGUUUUAACGGGAAUAGACUAUUGGUUAGAUAAUUUAAUGUGCAAUGUUCCAGAAGUAGUGAUGUGUUAUCAUUUAGAUGGUAUAGUACAAAAAUAUGAACUGAUAAAAACAGAGGAUCUUCCAAAUUUGGAUGAUUCCAAGUUUAGUUCGAAAGUGAUUCGAGAUGUUGCUCAGAAUAUUUUAAGUUUUCUAAAAAAUAAUGCAACAAAAGCUGGUCAUACUUAUUGGUUAUUUAAGGGUGAGAAUGACGAUGUUGUGAAAUUAUAUGAUUUAACAUCAUUGUGCAGUGAUGUUUCAGAAGAUAAGGGACAAAAUCCUUUCACUGUGCCUGUUGCGAUGUUAUUGUAUAGAGUAGCUCGCAACAUGAAAUAUUCCCCUGAUUAUCAUCGUCAUCAAGGCACGAUCAGAAUGCUGUUGAAAAAUUGCGUUCAAUUAUUAGUCAAAGAGAAAUAUCCACAGAUCGUUACAUCCGCACAUUUUAUGCUUUCGGAUUUGUAUGUACCAUCAGAUACAGAUCCAGCCAGUCCAAGAUUAUUGGAUCAAAGUGAAGAGGAAGACGCUCACAGCGAAUAUAGUACGAAUCACGAGAAUGAAAAGGAAGAAAGUGAAGAGGAGCAAACUUUCGCUGCAAUUAAAUCUUUAACUUUAGCUAAUAUAAAGGAACAAGCAGAACGCGAACAACCAAAGUAUAAACCACCACCAAUUUCUGGUACAAUAGAAGAGAGAUGUCUAUCUGGAUUAGAACAUGUUACUCACGGGCUCGAAUGUCUUCGGUAUUUUCCGACAGAAGACAAUGCAGACGAGGAACAAAAGAAAGCGGAAGAGCGUGAAAAAGAAAAACGAAAAUACGAAGAGACACAUCUGAAUAUGGCAAAACCUUUCGAAGCAAUUCCUAUGCCAUAUGCUUCAUUAAAUGAGAUUAAAAUAAAAUCAAACAAAAUUAUUACAUUAGACAAUAAUUCGGAGAAUGAUCAUAGAUUCAUGCAUAAAAAGAAAAACAAACAAAAGAAAAAGAAAAAUGAAAAAAAUAUCGUGAAAGACACAACGAAUGAAAAUGCGUUAUUGUGUAAACUUAAAACGUUGCCUACAUGGCAAGCAGCAAAAAAGAGUGAUAAUAUUUGCUGGAACGCACAUUUGAAAACGUUAUUGUAUGAGAAAGCUUCCUUGAUAUUUGCUGUACUCGCCGAGAAGGAAUAUGUAAAUAAAAAUUAUGGUACUUCUCUUAGAUAUAUGCUGGAAGUAUUACAUUGUCAGAAAAUAUUAGAGAUCUUCUGUGGCGUGAGAAAUGACAAAUCGAUCAGUUAUUUAUUAGGCCGCGCGGGUGAUUGUUGCUUUAUGAUUGUACAAGAUUGGUGUAAUGUGAAGAAACAUAGAAAAGAUUAUGAGAUAAGAAACGAAAUGGCGGAGAAAAUAGUUGAAGAAGUAUAUAAUAUGGAUCUACAAGACUUGGAUAUGAAUGGUGCUGAAUUAUUACCAAAGGGAUUGGAAAGUUUAGAAUUUACCAUGAUUUGUUCUUAUAAAUGUUAUGAAAAGGCGUUGUCACUAGAAUCGAUGGAUAUAGAUAGAAAUAACUUGUUAAGGCGGUUAGGGAACAUUCACAACGAACUGGGCGUCUUUUAUAUGAAUCAAGCAGGAUCUCGAUAUAAGCAGCAAGAGAAUCAAACGGAUAAAUCGUCAAAUUCAUCAGAUGUGACUGCACUUUUGACAUGUUCGUUAACUCAUUUAGAAUCUGGUAUCAAGGCUUUUGAAACCGUUCACGACGAGACAAAUUUGGCGCUUUUGCAUUCCAACACAGGUCGUCUCAUGCGACUUUGCGCGCAUGUGAAUGAUAAACAGAACACACAGGAACGUCAUUAUUACAAUAAAGCGCUCACCAGCUAUCAGAAGGCUCUGCAAGUUCUAGGCAGCAGGAAAACGAAUCAGGCAAUAUGGGAUACCGUAACAUGGGAUUUAUCAACAACAUUAUACACGAUGGCUACACUAUUGCAGGAUUAUCCUAUAGCCGGACAUAAGAGUGAAGAAGAAAUGGAGAGAGAGGUAGUUGAUAUCCUGCAGAAAGCACUCAAACAUUGUGAUGUGGAUACGCCAGGGCCACGCCAACCAGUCUAUCAAUUUCGUGCUGCAAGCAUUCAGCAUCGAUUAGCUUCGUUAUACCAUCACGUGUAUAGAGAAUUCGAGUCUGAUGUAGAUAACAGCAAGAAAAAGAUGAGUUUGCAAUUGUGCAAACUGUAUUAUGAUAAGGCGACGAAGUUAUUGCUGUUGUUAGAACAGAGUACAGAAUACUUAACAGUGCAAUUGGAAAGAAUUGCCUUAGCGGAAUAUCAAGCGCACAGCGGUACUACUUUUAACAGCAAGUUAAAAGCAUAUCAAAAUGGCUUAGAUUUAGUUUUACAAUGUAUACCUAUCAUACAAAUAUUGUGCGAACGAAAUAACAUGGCAGAACAGAAGACGAAGGAAGUAACCGAUAAUGAAUUAAAGAACGACAGCGCUGAGCAUGAAAAAGUAGUCGAGGAGCAAAAGUUAAUAGAUGGCGAGGAGAAGCUUGUUAUUUUGCUGGAACAAAGAUUACAAUUUCUUUUACGAUCGUUGACCAAGUUAUUUCUCAGUAAAAGUCCAGUACACAAUAGAAAAGAGUACGACAAACUAACGAAUUUAUACAAACAAUGUUAUAUUCGAACAUUGCGACCUGACACGAUGUCUGGAUUUAUCUUGAUAAAGCAUGUAAUGGAUGUUCUGCGACAACUCAACUGUAUGUUGAAACAAAUGGAAUCUUAAUGGAUGUGUAAAUAAAGCAGCAGUUGACAGUUACUAAUUUCAGAGAAUGUAAUUACGAUAUAAGUUGCUGUGUAUAAAAUGCAAAGUAUAUAAUACUGAAUAUACAGGUUAUUCGAUAAUAA